AUGGGAAUGGACGCAUGUAGUGUUUUCUCUACUAUUUGGCAACAGUUAGCUGAGAAAAUUACCGAGCAACGUCAAACAUGUUGCACGGAAGCCUGUGAAGGGACCAGGAUUCUAAUCGGGGCAGACGGGCACCAGGAAGAGAAUUAUUUCGACUGGAAGUUGAUUCCGGUUACCGAUGAUGACGGGAUUGUCAGAGGAUCGUACGGUAUCCCCUCCAACAGGACAGAACAGGUUAUUCAACAGCGACAAAACGAAUGCAUCCAGCGCGUGUGUCGUCAUACCGGAACGGCGAACAAUAUGAAAGAUCUUUGGAGUACGUUGCUAACAGGGAUCAGCUAUAAUGAUAAAGAUAUCCCCUUUGCGUUGUUGUAUUCGCUGGAUGCGCAGCUGAGUAUCAGCGAUCAGCCAAGCAAUCCUAGCUACCCAUGCCAUCUGGAGGGAAGCAUUGGCGUGGACGAUCGUGGUCUGUUGGGGAAAGAAUAUAUCGAUCUGUCGUGCGAUAUCGAUGGGUUCGCUCCAAUCAUGCUUAAGGCGCUUCGGCGUGACUCGAUGUUGAUAUUAGAGGCUAGCGACCCGUCUUUACAUCAUCUCCUUAAAGGUAUUAAAUGCGAGGGACACAAAUUAUCUUCUGGACAGUUCGCCAUCGUACCCAUCAAAGAUGAUGGCAAGAUAGCAGCGUUCGUGGUCGUUGGUCUAAAUCCCUACAGGAGGUAUAGCUCCCAGUUUUGUGAGUUCCUACAGCUCAUCGCAGAUGUUGCGGCGCCACAGAUAUCGCGAGCGCGAUUGUCGGAAGAAGUUGCCCGCCAUAACGAGUUAGCUAAGAGAGCUCAGCUGGAUCGUAGGAGGAGCGAUAUGAGAUUUUCACGGUUCGCGGAGUGGUCCAUCGUAGGUUUAGCCGUUAGCGAUGUAAAUGGCAAGAUUCUAUAUGCAAACGAUGCAUGGUAUAAAUUCUCCGGGUUGAGCCCAGCAGAUCAGGAAGAUCUGAGUUGGUUCGAUAGCGUCGUUCCAGAAGAUGCCGAACUACUCCGAGAAUGGCAAAAGAAGGUGCUCAACGAGAAGAAAGGGGGGACAUUUCAAAUUCGCUCCAAGGAACCCUUCCGUCGAGGUCACAUGUCUUCGGAUCAUCGUACAGGCAUUUGCGCUUGUUAUUCGGAUUUAAAUGAAUGGGAUGAAGUCGAAAGCGUCAUGAUCUUUACGAUGGAUAUCAGCGAGCUUAAAUGGACCGAACAACAACUGAUCUCUCGUUCAAAAGAGCUCGAAGAAUCAGAGCAGAAGUGGCGGAACUACGCGGAGCAUUGCCCACUUGGGAUUUGUCGGACAGAUGGUGAGGGCUAUGUCGAAUAUGGAAACAAGGCCUGGCUCGCGAUUUAUAGCUUCACCCAGGGUACUAUUCCUAAAGGCCCAUGCCCAUGGCUGCCGUGGAUUCGAGAGGACCAUGUACAAGGCUACAAGGAUAUGUUUUCUCGACUUCAAAAAUAUCCUGGACCUGAAUCCGUCGAGUUUCAGCUAGUCAACAAAACAUAUACUAUCUCAGGCGGUGAUAAAACCGUUACCAACGGAGCAUACGUCGUCGCUACAGGGUUUUCUCAAUUCAAAGAGGAUGGAACAGUCGACUAUAUGGAUUUCUGGGUAACCGACAUCAGUGGGCAGAAAAUGGCCGUCAAGGUCCUAACGGAUAAAAUGGAAGAAGCUAUCAGGUCGAAGACACAGCAGGAACGUUUCAUGGACAUGAUUAGCCACGAAAUUCGAAACCCUCUAUCGGCCGUCCUACACUGCAGCGAAGAGAUAGUCGAGUCGAUGAAGAGAGCUGCUCAUGCGCUAGAUUGGGAAUUCAAGGAUCAUCAAUCAACCCAUAAUCCACACCACUCCAGAAAGGAAAAAGCGGUCAAAAAGCAGAUAGGAAAUGCGCUGGAUGCUGCAAGUACGAUCAUAUACUGCGUGCAACAUCAAAAGCAGAUCGUUGACGACGUUCUGACGGUUUCCAAAUUGGAUUCUGAUCUACUUGUUGUGUCCCCUAUUCCAGUCCAGCCGAUGGGACUUGUCCGCUCAUCCCUGAAGAUUUUUGACGCUGAGCUGAAAAUGACGGAUAUCAAGCUGCUAAUCAUAGGGGAUAGCUCGCUUUCCACACUCGACGUUGACUGGGUUCUCCUCGACCCCAACAGGUUUCUCCAAAUUGUAAUAAACCUCGUCACAAAUGCCAUCAAGUUCACCAAGACGUCAACAGCGAGGAGGAUCGUCGUCACGGCAGCUGCUCAUGAGCACCGCCCGCUCGAAAACGAACUCGGCGUAGAGUUCGUCCCUCAUCGAUAUGCGCCCGUUACUCCUGUAUCUGAUGUCAAAGACUUCUGCGACUCGACUUCAGAUGUUUUCAUGUCCUUCUCCGUCAAAGAUACGGGCAAGGGCCUAACCAAGGACGAGACAGCUCAGAUAUUCAACCGCUUUUCUCAAGCAUCUCCAAAAACACAUAUAGAAUAUGGAGGUUCGGGUCUUGGUCUCUUCAUCGCUCGUCAGAUAACGGAGAUGCUCGGAGGCGAAAUAGGUAUGGCUAGUAGUGCCGGUUCGGGCUGCACGUUUGCGUUUUACGUCAAGACCCGGAGGUGCAAUACACCACCUUUGGCGCCGACGCCUAGAGAAGCUAUCAGACUAAACCGGUCACUCAGCGUCACACCCGACGGGACGCCGAUGACAUCUAAGGAACUUGAAUGGAGUAGUAGCACCCCGGAGACUCCGAAGGGCUCGGGCAGUUCAGGGUCCGAGGAAUCGCAUCUCAAGGUGCUCGUGGUCGAGGACAAUCUGGUUAAUCAAAAGGUGCUGUGCAAGCAAUUGCGUAAUCGGGAUUUCCUUGUUAAGUCUGCCAAUCAUGGACAGGAGGCUCUCGACGCCGUACAAGCAACUUAUGGCACCGACAAAUCCUACGAACAUAACCACUUUGAUGUGAUUCUGUGCGAUAUUGAGAUGCCAGUUAUGGAUGGAAUCGAAUUUACCAAAGAGAUUCGGAGACUCGAGGCAGAAGGUGAACUCCCUGGACACGUCCCGAUUCUUGGAGUUACGGCCAACGUGCGCAGUAAGCAGGUUAGCGGUGCUAUCGAAGUUGGCAUGGACGGCGUAACCACAAAACCGUAUCGCAUCGAAGAACUCAUCACACACAUCGGCGGCGUUUGCGCCAAGUAA